UUAUGUUAUAGUCCCUUAGUGGCGGGUCACAAACUCCGGGGGCAUGAAGGAAGAUCCUCGGUACCAGGACCGUUUUCAGCGACAGACAUCAGUGUGAGCCCUGCGCUCCCUGGCUGAACCUCCACCUGCUGCUAAUGUCCAAGUGACUAGAAGCCCCCGUGAGGACAGAUAUUCCUUCCCCUUGGGGCGGGUGCCAUGGCGCUGCGGGUAAGCUUGGUGCCCGUGUGCUGCCUGGCACUGCUGGCUCUACUAACACUGCCUGCCAGGAGCUGUGGACCGGGCCGGGGACCUGUGGGCAGACGCCGCUAUGUGCGAAAGCAACUUAUACCGCUGCUCUACAAGCAGUUUGUGCCCAGCGUGCCGGAGCGAACCCUCGGUGCCAGCGGACAGCCCGAAGGUAGAGUGGUCCGGGGGUCGGAACGCUUUCGAGACCUAGUCCCCAACUACAAUCCUGACAUCAUCUUCAAGGAUGAGGAGAACAGUGGGGCUGACCGCCUUAUGACCGAGCGCUGUAAGGAACGAGUGAACUCGUUGGCCAUCGCCGUCAUGAACAUGUGGCCAGGGGUGCGCUUACGGGUAACAGAAGGCUGGGAUGAGGACGGACACCAUGCCCAGGACUCACUACACUACGAAGGCCGGGCCUUGGAUAUAACCACGUCGGACCGCGACCGCAAUAAGUACGGGCUAUUGGCACGGCUAGCAGUAGAGGCUGGCUUCGACUGGGUACAUUACGAGUCUCGCAACCACGUUCACGUGUCUGUCAAAGCUGGUAAGGACAACUCUCUGGCGGUGCGGGCAGGUGGUUGCUUCCCAGGAAAUGCCACGGUCCGUCUGCGGAGCGGAGAACGGAAAGGACUACGUGAAUUGCAUCACGGAGACUGGGUGCUAGCUGCAGAUGCAGCCGGCCGGGUGGUCCCCACGCCGGUGCUGCUCUUCCUAGACCGAGACUUGCAGCGCCGGGCCUCGUUCGUAGCCGUGGAGACUGAGAGGCCCCCACGCAAACUGCUCCUCACACCCUGGCACCUGGUGUUUGCGGCCCGCGGCCCGGCGCCUGCCCCAGCUGACUUCGAGCCAGUGUUUGCUCGCCGAUUGCGCGCCGGGGACUCGGUACUUGCCCCAGGCGGGGACGCGCUUCGACCAGCGCGCGUGGCCCGUGUGGCGAGGGAGGAGGCCGUGGGCGUGUUCGCACCUCUUACCGCGCAUGGGACUCUGCUGGUGAACGACGUCCUGGCCUCCUGCUACGCUGUCCUGGAGAGUCACCAGUGGGCUCACCGUGCCUUCGCGCCCUUGCGUCUGCUCCACGCGCUAGGGGCUCUACUACCUGGUGGGACAACCCAGUCGAUAGGCAUGCACUGGUACUCCCGCCUCCUCUACCGUCUGGCAGAGGAACUACUGGGCUGAGAGUGGAAACGCCUAAGCACGGGCAGAGACGUGGGCACAUGAGUGGGGACCGGAGGAUCCAGACAAGAUAAGAAUCGUUGAGAAGGAGCAACAGAGAGAAGAAGGAUGAGGACGGAGGAGGAAGGGCCGGGUGAGGGGCUAGGAUUGAGGGGACUUUGGCAAGGUGUCCUAAGGAGGAAUAAGAAGGUUGUGCGUGGAUGAAAGCAGCAUUUCCCUCAGCCGCCAUUCUUUCCUCGGCCCUCUACAAAUUCAAUUUGAUCCGUUUAAAUUCAACAAACAUCUAUUAGGCAUAUACUGUAUGCUGGGCACUUUACUAGAUGUGGAAUGAGAUGCAAAGAUAAAUAUUUUACAGUCCCUGCCCUCAGGGAGCUUACAACUACCUUGUCCCUUCUGAGUGCCCUAGUUCCUGGCCGGUAAUUUUAUUUUUCUAUUUAUAAAUGGUAAUAUAAUCUUCCAACUCCUGCCCCGGUUCUAUGCCCAGUCG